UCCUGGUGUUGAUUUAAAAAUAAUGUAUGAUAUUGGAUGUGUAUUAUCAUCACAUUUAAAGGCAAACAAGAGGCAUGACAUUUUGUCAAAAGUGUCAUUUUCGGUGCCGAUAUUUCAUUGUUAUGGACACAAGGCUUCAUGCCAGGUCAAGUUCAGUCCUAGAAGGCUCGAUGGUUUUGGUCUUACAGAUUGUGAGGCUAUUGAAAGGCUCUGGGCUUACCUUCGUGGGUUCUCAGCAAUUACUAAGGAGAUGUCUGCCAGUAGAAGAGUAGAUCUUUUGACAGACGCGCUUCUUCACUUAUCUCGAAGAAAUUUUAGCAAUGCAGGAAAAUCAUUAACGUCGAAGCUUAAAAAAUGUCUACAACAUAAAAUCAAAACGCAACAAGAAAUGAAGAAUUUAUUUAGCGAAGUACCUGGUAAGUAGUUGUUGUAGGUUAGAAAUUUCUUAUGUUUUCUGUGGCCGAAAAAUAUUUAAGAUUUCUUUUUGCCUAACCAAACUCUCAAUUCAAUUUGCAUCCAAGGAAAUACGAAUUUAUUUUGUUUGUUAGUGACGUACGAUCC